AUGGACAAGCAGUUUGAGAGUUGCUUAGAGAUGCUGGGACAAUAUAAUGUAAACUUGUCAUUCACAGAAGUUCUCUCACAAGUGCCAACUUAUGCCAAAUUCUUGAAGGAGGUCCUUAUAAAGAAGAGUAAGAUAGAAGAGACCUCAGUGGUCAAGCUCACCGAGCAUUGCAGUGCACUGGCUGACCAAAUAACUAUAAUACCCGAGGGAAUAGUGGAAGAUAUCUUAGUUCGAGUAGAUAAGUUUGUGUUUCCUGUAAAUUUCAUUGUGGUGAAGAUGGAGGAGAACAAAGAGGUUCCCAUUAUUUUAGGAAGACCAUUCUUAGCGAUGGGCAGAUCAAUAUUAGACAUACAUGAUAGAAAGCUCAUGCUUAGAGUGGUUGAUGAGACGGUGACUUUCGAGAUGAAUGUGGAGAUGGGGGUGAGAAAGGAGAAGCCAGCUGCAAGUGUAGAGUGGAGAGUAAAAAGCUCGAAAGAGAAGGUCCCAGUGAUUAAGAACGACAGGUGUGGGGUGUACCCCAAGAAAGUUGAGAAGAAGUUGUCUGCGUGGAUGUGUACACUAGUUCGGGCAAGAAGAAUGGAGCCCGACUUUGACUUAGACCCAGACUAG